AUUAGAGCCAUUUAAGAGCUUUUUAAUGUCUGGGCGGAUGCUGAAUAAUUGAGGCGAGGCCCCAGCCCUGGCACGGCCAGUUAGUGCGCAGGGAGAUUGCGGAGCAGCUGCGAUUCCUCCUGCACGGCAUCUCGGACACGCCGAUGGAGCCGAGCUGCAGAGCACAGGCAGCUCCGAGAGUCUCUGUGCAGCGCUCCUGCCGCCUCCUGGACAUGGCUUCCAGCCUCCACCAAGGGCCGGCCCUGACAGCCCUGGAGCGGGCACUGCUCUCCACCAUGGCAGUUUUCCACACCUACUCCGGCUGCCGGGGCUCGUUGAGGAAAGUGGAUCUCAAAACGCUGAUCAACCGGGAGCUGCCGCAGUUCGUGCAGGAGAUCCGCGACCCCGAGACCUUGGAGCGGCUCUUCAGGGACCUGGACACCAACGGCGACCUCCAGAUCGACUUCCAGGAAUACGCCACGCUGGUCGCCAUGCUGACCGCGGCCUGCCGCACAUUCUUCGUCCAGAAGAAGGCCGAGUAGAGGGGGGAGGAGGGGUCUGUGUCAUUGCACUCUAUAUGAUUUUAUGAAAAUAUGCUAGUGAGUGUGAAUAUAAUGUAACUGGAAUAUGCUUCAUGCAAAAGGUCUCUUGUAAGGUAUCAUCCCAAAGCUUAUCAUCUACUGAGUGUGGUCAUCCUAUUUGUAUAAAUGUAUCCCUCUUUGUGACCCAGCGGGGGACUUUCUUGUUUUUCCUUAAAGAAAAGGAAGACUUGUGUCACCUUUGAGACUAACCAAUUUAUUUGAGCAUAAGCUUUCGUGAGCUACAGCUCACUUCAUCGAUGAAGUGAGCUGUAGCU